AUGCCGAAGCUGCAGCGGUACAGGGGCGUCAGGCAGAGGCACUGGGGCUCCUGGGUCUCCGAGAUCCGCCACCCGCUCAUAUGUUCUGAUGUGUGUUUGCGUUUUGGGCUGCGGUGGUGGGUGCAGGAAGACGAGGAUCUGGCUGGGCACGUACGAGACGGCGGAGGACGCGGCGCGGGCGUACGACGAGGCGGCGAGGCUCAUGAGCGGGCCCGCGGCGCGCACCAACUUCCCCUCCACAAACGGUGUCGCCGCCGCCGGCGGAUGCCUCUCAGCGACCCUGCGCGCCAAGCUGGAGAAAUGCUGCAUGUCGACGCCGGCGCCGGUGCAAAACGUCGAGGCGGCCAAGGCGGCGAGGACCGGAGGCGGCGCCGCUCGCCGAAACAGGGUCGAGGACGUCGUCAAGCGCGUGGACGAGGAGGAGGAGUGCAUCGAGGAGAUGAUCAGGGAGCUCACCCACUACGGCUCCGUGGAGAUCGUCGCCCCCUCCGCCUGCUCCAGCUCCGUCGUCUAGCUCUAGCCCGCCGACCACCGUCCAGCCAGACCGGCCGCUCCCCUAGCUAG